CUGCUAUCAGCCAUUUACCGAACGUCUUCUAAAAUUUUCAAAAUACUUGUAUAAAUGUAUACUUAAUGUAUCCAUCCUAGUCCUAUAGAUGUAUACAUCAUUAAGCUAGCUAGUACUAGUGUACAAUCUACAUGUGAUGCUUGUGCCAUAACAUUAACUCAAUACAAAAUAUAAGAGGGACCAAUCCCAUCUCUCAAAACCUUAUCUCUUAUAUCAUCUUACACCAUUUACAACUUUACAACACUUAUAAAACACCAAAAAUAAAUAAAUAUCUCAUCCUCCUUAAUGCAACUUUCAAAUAUUCUACGUUACAACAAAUUCCAAUCACCAAAUUUGCCAAAACUCCACACACCAAAUGCUUACAAUAUCGGCCUCUAUGUCCACCCCAAACCCAAACCUGACCGUAAACCCAACACCUCUUCCAAGUGGUACCCUACCGCUCCGUCCGCUCCCCGGCAGCUAUGGUUGGCCAAUCAUCGGGCCGAUUGGUGAUAGGCUAAAUUACACAUGGUUACAAGGUCAAGAAAAUUUUUUUAGGAAAAAAAUGGAGAAAUAUAAGAGUAGUGUGUUUAGAACAAAUGUUCCACCUUGUUUUCCUUUUUUUGUGGGUGUUAAUCCAAAUGUGAUUGCUGUACUUGAUGUUCCAUCUUUUGCUCAUUUAUUUGAUUCUGAUAUUAUUGAGAAAAAAGAUAUUCUUGUUGGUGAUUUUAUGCCUAGCACUAAAUUUACCGGAGAUAUGAGAGUUGGUGUUUAUCAAGAUACGACCGAGGAAAAUCAUACUAAGGUAAAAAACUUUGUAAUGGACAUACUAAAGAAAAGUUCAAGAGUAUGGGUAACUUCCUUGAUAUCAAACUUGGACAUAAUGUGGAACACCAUUGAAGAAUCAAUAUCCAAAGAUGGAUCAGCCAGCUUACUAAUGCCCCUACAAAAAUGCCUUUUCAACUUUCUAGCACAAGCCAUGCUUGGUGCAAACCCAUCAAAUUACUCCCAAGAACUCUCAGAAUCAGGCCAUAUAAUGGUUGAUAAAUGGCUAGCUUUACAACUCCUACCCAUCAUACCUUUACCUAUAUUCCAACCUCUUACUAGCCUUAUCUUUCAAUCAUUCCCAUACCCAUAUUUGUUAGUACAAGGGGAUUACACUAAACUUGUUGAUUUUGUAGAAAAAGAGGCCCACCAAGUUAUAGAAAUAGCCAAGACCCAAUUUGGAUUAACUCAACAAGAGGCAAUACAUAACUUGUUAUUCAUCCUUGGAUUCAAUGCGUUUGGCGGGUUUUCGUUAUUUUUGCCCGAAGUUCUUAACAAUUUAGGUACAAACAAAGACGGGAUUCAGGACAGAUUGAGAGAAGAGGUACGAAAAAAGUGUAGUUCAGUCUCCUUAUUGAGUUUCGACACAAUUCAAAGUAUGCCUAAUGUGGAGUCAUUUGCGUAUGAAACACUAAGGCUAAAACCCCCGGUCCCACUCCAAUAUGGUAGAGCAAGAAGGGAUUUUGUGAUACAAUCACAUGAUUCAAGAUUUGAAGUUAAAAAAGGUGAAUUGCUUUGUGGGUUUCAACCCCUUGUGAUGAGGGAUCCUAAGGUGUUUUAUGACCCACAUAAGUUUGUGCCUAAUAGAUUUGUGGGUGAAGCAGGUGGGGAAUUGUUGAGUUAUUUGUAUUGGUCAAAUGGGUCCCAAACAGGAAUUGCUGAUGCUUCUAAUAAGCAAUGUGCUGCUAAGGACUAUGUUCCUCUUACUGCUUGUUUGUUUGUUGCACAUAUGUUGUUGAGAUAUGAUUCUAUUAGUCUUGAUUCUUCUGGCAACAUUUGUGCACUUGAGAAAGCAUAGUUACAUUGCUUACUAUUUAUGGUAAUGGUUAUUUGUUAUGUAAUAUGGAUAUAUAUAGAAUAAUAAUGUGUGAGAAAUAAAUUGAAUGUGUCUUUGGACAUCAUUGUUCUA